AUAUCCAUACCCGAACCGAUUGAAAAGAAAAGAACAAACCCGACGUGAAGAGAGCGGCACACUAUUAACAGAAACAAAGGAAAAGGCGAAACUUCUCAUCUUUCCCGGUACAAUUUCAUCCUCCAACACAAAAACAAGAUCCAUUGAGUCAACUAGAAAACCCUAAUUGGCUACGAUAACCCAAUUUGAAUGGACGAGAAGCAGCAGCAUGUGGCGGCGGUACAGAAGGAGGAGGAGGAUGAUCGGAGCAGCGAGAGCGACGACUUGACGUCGGAGGACGAAGGGACGGAGGAUUAUCGGCGCGGCGGUUAUCACUCUGUGAGAAUCAGUGAUACUUUUAAAAACGGGCGUUAUGUUGUUCAAAGUAAACUCGGCUGGGGUCAUUUCUCCACUGUUUGGCUCGCUUGGGACACUCACAAAUCUCUAUUUGUAGCUUUGAAGGUGCAAAAAAGUGCUCAGCAUUACACUGAAGCUGCCAUGGACGAGAUAACCAUAUUGCAACAGAUUGCUGAUGGAGACCCUGACGAUAGUAAAUGCGUAGUAAAGCUUUUGGAUCAUUUUAAGCAUUCUGGUCCAAAUGGACAGCAUGUUUGUAUGGUUUUUGAGUAUUUAGGGGAUAAUCUCUUAACCCUUAUUAAGUAUAGUGACUACCGCGGAAUGCCUAUUCAUAAGGUUAAAGAGAUAUGUUAUCACAUUUUAGUGGGUUUGGAUUAUUUGCAUAGACAGCUUUCCAUUAUACAUACUGAUUUGAAGCCGGAGAACAUAUUGCUGUUAUCGAUGAUAGACCCAUUGAAGGAUCCAAGAAAAUCGGGUGCUUCCCUUAUUCUUCCAAAUAGUAACAAAACUGUGCUAGAAGUGGUUGCUAGACUAAAUGGAGAUUUAACUAGGAAUCAGAAGAAAAAGAUACGAAAAAAGGCUAAGCGAGCCGCUCAGGGGUGCGUGGAAAAGGAAGUUUCUGCUGAAGCUGAUGUGGAUCUUGAAACAUCUGCUGCGGAUGAGUUAUCUCCUAAUGCUAAACAAAAUGGGAGUUCUGCUGAAGAUCAGCCUGCUUGUUCUGAUAAUACAAACAGAAGAUCUGAUGCUGAUGGAACAAAGAGCAGUGGGUUAGACAAUCAGGGCAACAAGAGAGGAAAUCGCUCCACGAGGCAGAAGCUGAUGGCCUCAAUUGACCUGAAGUGCAAAUUGGUGGAUUUUGGAAAUGCAUGUUGGACAUACAAACAGUUCACAAAUGAUAUACAGACGAGACAAUACCGGUGUCCAGAGGUGAUCCUAGGAUCUAAGUACUCUACGUCUGCUGAUCUGUGGUCCUUUGCUUGCAUUUGUUUUGAGCUUGCAUCUGGUGACGUGCUCUUUGAUCCCCACAGCGGUGAUAACUUUGACAGAGAUGAGGACCACUUGGCCCUGAUGAUGGAGCUCCUUGGAAUGAUGCCCCGCAAGAUUGCCUUAGGCGGACGCUAUUCUCGGGACUUUUUUAAUAGAUAUGGUGAUUUGAGGCACAUCCGCAGAUUGCGAUUCUGGCCCUUGAAUAAAGUUCUCAUGGAGAAGUAUGAGUUCAAUGAGAAGGAUGCAAAUGACUUGGCUGAUUUCUUGAUCCCCAUCCUUGAUUUUGUCCCUGAGAAACGGCCAACAGCAGCUCAGUGUCUUCUUCAUCCAUUUAUCAGUUCAGGCCCUCGUACGUUAGAGCCUUCUAUGCCGACUCAUCAGAAUGAAGCCUCGGAGGGAUUAAAAUCUGACGUAAAGAAAUUGGAGAAGGAUGAGAGAGAGGCAAUGGAAAAGGGUCUGGGGAAUAUUGCAAUUAAUGCAGAGUCUAAAGUGGUUAAAGAUUCCCCAUCUGGCAUUAAACUCUCCAGGGCAGCUUCAACUAAAUAGGACUCUGGCUUGUAUGACUAGCAGUCUUCUUCCCCUUAAUAUCAUGUGCAGUUCUCUGCAACAGAAGUUGGUACUCUUCCAAGGCUUGAUUAGUUUGGGCUAGGUGUAUUUUCAAUGUAUUAUUUGGAUUGGGAUGAAAUGGAAAGAUUAUUUUGUGGCUCUGACGUUGGUGCUGGUUUGGUGGAGCUCUAGCUUAACCAAAAAUGGGUGUUGUGUCGGAAUUCACAUCUGAUCAUAUUUAUUGGAGUAAAAAACCUUCGAAAGCGGACAAAUUGGUAGCAAAAGGCAGCAAUUGUAAUGAACUGUUUGUGAAGAUUGUUCAUUUUAUGUGAUUCAUGUACUGGAUGAAAUCCUUGAUACUGUAACCAUAGACACAUUAAGUUCUAUACCCUUUCUUUUUUCUUUCAGCCA